CGCAGAGGGGAAGCUGCGCCUCCGCAAACGCUCAGAAGCAGCUUCGCCAGACAGCCGCAACGUACAUGUUGACUGCCCGAGGCGGAAGUCGAUCGGCAGAGCGGAAGGGGGACCUGCAAAGGACCUUCAGACAGUUCUUAUCAUUGGACCUGAACACAGGAGCACAUCUGGAUUAGAAGAUGUCAGACUCAGAGGAUCUUCCCAAAGGCAAGCACCAGAUGCAUUCACACAGGAAAUGAACCAUGUUCACUGAGAAACUACUGGAAGAUUUGAACAGCUUUUUCAAUGAGAACCUAUACCCAAACCCCAGCCUUCAGUGGGCUUCGAAAAUCGAAAUACAUCCAACAGUACUGGAGGUCUGGUUCGAGAACCACAGAGCAAAACUUAAGAAAGCCAAAUGCAAGCAUAUUCAGCAAAAACAAGAAACUCAACAACCAUCAAUAUCAGAGGGCGAAGUCAAGACCAGUGCUGGCCUGAGAAAUACAGACACGCUACUCAGAUUCCCCAAUGCUGCUCAUCCUAUCGGCCUGGUAUAUAUGAAUCUUCCGGCACCUUCAUUCCUACUCAUUCUGUACCCCAACCUUAAGGUCCCUACAAAUGACUUCCCUGGCCAAAAAAUAGUCCAUUUUGGCUGCUGCCAAGAUCCUAACAUAUACUGCCUCUAGCCCAUUUGGGAAUCCCAAGUUUGUUCUCCAAGCUUCAAUUCUAGUUCUUCUUCCUGUUCAUCUCUACAAAGUUGAGAGAGAUGCUAAAUACAAAAAAUUACAUAUUGUAAAAAUAAAACACUGGUGGUUUUCGUGGAUACUCUUUAUCAGGUUGAAGGUUGAAGAAGUUCCCUUCUAUUCUAAGUUUGUUGAGAAUUUGUAUUAUGAAUUUGUAUUUUUCUGUGUCCAUUGAAAUGAUCACAUAGUUUUUGCCCUU